CUUCCCUUAGCUUCGCCUGACUAUCGUUUCCUGACUUCAAUCUGACAAGCUGCACUUCCGCGAAGAAACCGCCUUGGGAAUCCUGACAGCUUAAAUAAGUAUCGCUGUGCUAGUUAAAGGUUUUUUUUUCUUUACAAUGACAGAUGACGGGACGGCUGACCGCAAACGCACGUAGCUAAAGCAUCACCAUCAAAUGCAGUCAAAUCUGAAACCUGACUGGCCCUCGACUUGUAACUCGGGAAAUAACCACGGAAACUGGAAUAGCGCUAUGGAUGCUCCCCAGUAUCCAGGUUACCCUUCUCAUUACUGGUAUCCACAGUCUCACUCCACUGGACACUAUGCAAACACUUAUCCCUCGGGAUCAGAUGUUCAGCAACAGUACAAUCCACAGGUAAUGCCAGGAGGCUAUCCAAACGGCCAUGGAGUCUACAACACUGCACAAAACCAGUAUCCAGCGAGUGGUUUUCAUCCAUCCAACCCUUUCUACUGUGCUGACCCCCAGAGAAGUUCCUACCCUAGCCAAGGAUGUCCGGCUGAGCAGAGCGGUGGGCCGUCGGGCCAACCACACACCCAGCACCAGCAUCAUCAUUAUUCUGGUCCGCACUGUCAAGGGGGUCCUGGAUACCCAUCUGGACCAUACUCCCACUACAGCGAAGCUGGACAUGCUGUGCCUCCAAAUCCCCCCUAUCCCACUGGGCAGCCGCUCCAUCCCAGCCCUCAGGGUGAUGCUUGGGGGCACACAGGUCCAUAUGCUCCCUCACAGCAGCAGUGGCACCCAGGGCAGCAGCCUUCACAAAACCACUAUGGAAAUCAUGUCCGUCCAGCACAUCCUCCAGCAUGGCCAGGAACUGGAACUGGUGCUCCACCGCCCUAUCAGCCCAAGGACCAACAGCACCAGCGAACCCCUCAGGUGGGACCUAAACCCAGGACAGCUCCAGCGCCGAAUCCCCCCAACGGAAAGCCCGCUGAAAUAAGCUCACCUCCCCAGAUUUACAGCAAAGCUGGGCGAAGCGAUCCCAGUCCUUCUCAGCCCGAGCCUCAACCAGCAGCCGCUCCGAUCGGACCUCAGCCGCUGAGCGACAACCCCGGGCUCGCCAAGGUCCAGCAGGUCAUGGCCCGGGUUCAGCUGCUUCAGGAAGACGUUGACGAGUUUGUCGGGAGAAAAACAGACAAGAGCUACCGGUGCCUGGAGGAACUGCUGACCAAAGAGCUGCUGGAGCUAGACUCUGUGGAGACUCAAGGACAGGAGACUGUCCGACAAGCCCGCAAAGAGGCUGUACAGAGAAUUCAGGCUAUUCUAGACCGGCUGGAAAAGAAGGCUUUCUGAACGAAACCUUAUUUAUCUGCCUGUUAUUCGCUUAUUAUUAUUAUUAUUUUCUUUGCUCAGAUCUUCCAUGGACAAACGGAGGUGUUUAGUCUCCCUCUGCAGAGCUGUAACAAUAUUUGCUGACAACGUGUCAUUAUCAUUUAGAUGAGUUAACAAACGUAGAUCCCCCCCACAGGAGUAGACACACCUCUGAUUUAAAGUUUUUAAAAAAUCCUUUAAGGAGUGUUUUGUGUGCUGGCAGUAAACAUAAAACUUGUAUAUCAUAAGUGAC